CAGCGUGGGCCGCGCGGGGAAACCCGUGGGGUGGAGCUACUGGAGCAGCCAGGGAACCACGCGUAGGGGCGUGAUCACCCUGAAAGAAGGGCGUGGCUACCGUUCCAGUCCCACUUCAUCACCUCAAGCCUGGAUGGUGGGCGUGUCUCCGAGUCUCUCCCCAAGAGACACGCGUGGGCCGCUCCCCUCUGGGAGGAGGGCCACAGAGGAGGGCUUCGGGUGUCUCUGGCGGCCCCUCCCGGUGCGGAGCCACGUGGUGGGCGCGGGCCGAGCCCUCCGGGGAAAACCUGACCCGUGGGGAGGUGGGGCGGGGUGGGGGUGGCGGCUCUCGAAGUGCUGCGGAGCAGAGCUUAGAACUAACAGGUUCAGAGCACACAGGCAGCGGCGGCGAGAGGAGGGGAGGAGGCAGGCCGGCGCAUGGGGCGCCCCGGCCCCGCCGGUAGCGCGCCCCCUCCGGCCAGGCCGCGCUGAACGCAGCCCGCGCAACGCCUCGAAUCCGUACCCGGGGCCAUGCCGGUCAUGAAGGGGUUGCUGGCCCCGCAAAACACCUUUCUGGACACCAUCGCCACCCGCUUUGACGGCACGCACAGCAACUUCCUUCUGGCCAAUGCACAGGGCCCACGGGGUUUUCCCAUCGUCUACUGCUCUGACGGCUUCUGUGAGCUCACAGGCUACGGCCGCACCGAGGUCAUGCAGAAAACCUGUAGCUGUCGGUUCCUCUAUGGCCCAGAGACCAGUGAACCAGCCCUGCAACGGUUGCAAAAAGCCCUGGAGGGCCACCAAGAACACCGAACUGAAAUCUGCUUUUACCGAAAGGAUGGCUCAGCCUUCUGGUGUCUUCUGGACAUGAUGCCCAUCAAGAAUGAGAUGGGGGAGGUUGUGCUUUUCCUAUUUUCCUUCAAGGACAUCUCUCAGAGUGGAGGCCCAGGACUUGGCUCACCAGGAAUCCAUGGGGACAAUAAUCACGAAAACUCUCUUGGGAGGAGAGGAACUAGCUCAAGACUUAGGUCCACGAAGAGGCAGAACCGGACUGUCCUACACCGGUUGACUGGCCACUUUGGUCGCCGGGGCCAGAGCAGUGUGAAGGCCAACAGUAACCUGUUUGAGCCAAAACCAUCAGUGCCCGAGUACAAGGUGGCCUCUGUGGGGGGCUCCCGCUGCCUCCUCCUCCACUACAGCAUCCCCAAGGCUGUCUGGGAUGGUCUCAUCCUCCUCGCCACAUUCUACGUCGCGGUCACUGUCCCCUACAACGUCUGCUUCGCGGGUGAUGACGACACCCCCAUCACUUCCCGACACACCCUUGUCAGUGACAUCGCUGUGGAAAUGCUCUUCAUCCUGGACAUCAUCUUGAACUUCCGCACCACCUACGUGUCCCAGUCUGGCCAGGUGAUUUCGGCUCCUCGGUCCAUUGGCCUCCACUAUCUGGCCACCUGGUUCUUUGUAGACCUCAUUGCUGCUUUGCCCUUUGAUCUGCUGUAUGUCUUCAACAUCACUGUGACCUCACUGGUACAUCUGCUGAAAACCGUGCGGCUCCUGCGGCUGCUGCGGCUGCUGCAGAAGUUAGAGCGGUACUCACAGUGCAGUGCAGUGGUGCUCACGCUGCUCAUGUCCGUCUUUGCCCUCCUUGCUCAUUGGAUGGCCUGCGUCUGGUAUGUCAUCGGGCGCCGGGAGAUGGAGGCCAAUGAUCCACUGCUCUGGGACAUUGGUUGGUUGCAUGAGCUGGGCAAGCGGUUGGAGGAGCCUUAUGUCAAUGGCUCGGCAGGUGGACCAUCUCGGCGCAGUGCCUACAUCGCUGCGCUGUACUUCACGCUGAGCAGCCUCACCAGUGUAGGCUUCGGCAACGUGUGUGCCAACACAGACGCUGAGAAGAUCUUCUCCAUCUGCACGAUGCUCAUAGGCGCGCUGAUGCACGCAGUGGUGUUUGGGAAUGUCACAGCCAUCAUCCAGCGCAUGUACUCCCGACGCUCGCUCUACCACAGCCGCAUGAAGGAUCUCAAGGACUUCAUCCGAGUGCAUCGCCUGCCCCGCCCACUCAAGCAGCGCAUGCUCGAGUACUUCCAGACGACGUGGGCAGUCAACAGCGGCAUCGAUGCCAACGAGUUACUGCGUGACUUCCCGGAUGAGCUGCGUGCUGACAUUGCUAUGCACCUGAACAGGGAGAUCCUGCAGCUGCCUCUGUUUGGAGCGGCUAGCAGGGGCUGCCUGCGGGCCCUCUCCUUGCACAUCAAGACCUCCUUCUGUGCUCCUGGGGAGUACCUGUUACGCCGUGGGGAUGCCCUCCAGGCACACUACUACGUCUGCUCUGGCUCGCUUGAGGUGCUCCGGGACAACAUGGUGCUGGCCAUCCUGGGGAAGGGGGACUUGAUUGGGGCAGACAUCCCUGAGUUGGGACAGGAGCCUGGGUCAGGGGCAGGCCCCAGCUGUGUGCUGAAGACCAGCGCCGAUGUGAAAGCUCUGACUUACUGUGGCCUGCAGCAGCUGAGCAGCCGAGGGCUGGCGGAGGUCCUGCGGCUGUAUCCGGAAUAUGCAGCUGCCUUCCGGGCUGGCCUACCCCGGGACCUAACCUUCAACCUGCGCCAAGGUUCUGAAAACAAUGGCCUCGGCCGCUUCUCACGGUCUCCUCGUCUCUCCCAGGCACGCUCCGACACUCUUGGUUCCUCCUCAGACAAGACUCUGCCAUCCAUCACAGAAACCGAGGGUGGCACGGAGCCUGGGGCUGGUUCCAAGCCCCGUCGGCCCCACCUGCUGCCCAACCUCAGUCCAGCACGACCUCGGGGGUCCCUGGAUCGUGGAUGGCAUUGAAGACUCCAGUAACACAGCUGAGGCUCCUACAUUCCGCUUCAGCAAGAGGCCAGAGCCCACCAGAACUCGCUCACAGGCUCCCCCUUCAGGCCCCAGGCUCAGCCGGGAACUGGCCACAGAGGCAGCAGAGGAGGUGAAGGAAAAGGUCUGCAGGCUGAACCAAGAGAUCUCCCGUCUCAAUCAGGAAGUGUCUCAGCUGAGCCGGGAGCUGCGGCAAGUGAUGGGUCUCUUACAGGCCAGGCUGGGACCCCCAAGUCACACAGCUGGUCCAGCUUGGCUCCCAGACCUUCCUUGCCCCCACCAGAGACUACCAUGCAUCUCUCCUCAUAUGUCUGGACCACCACCUGGUCUCCAGAAUACUACACUCGCUGUAGUCCACUGUCCAGCCAGUGUUGGGACAGUGGAGAUAGGGGCCACCCCCUCAGAGCUGAGACCUUCCACGAUACCACCCUAUCCCUCGGAACCUGAUCCUCUGGGACCCUCUCCAGCGCCAGAGGCUCCUCCCCUGACCCCAAGCCUCCUGAAGCACAGCUUCCAGUCUGGGUCAGACACAUUCCACUGACCCUGGCCUUGGGCCUAGGCCUGUCUGGGGUAGGCUUUACCACCUGCCAUCCAGGGAGGCGCUGGGCUCCUUGGCCUCUUGCCUUGGGGUCAGCAGCUGCCAGCUGGACUGGUUGGCUCUGGAUUCUCUGGACUUUUUAAACAACGAAUGGCCACAUCUAACCCCGUUCCAUUUUCUAAACCAUCCCCCAUCCUCCUCUUCUGGGAGGGGAGUCACUUGAAGCCAUGGAAUCCAGCAGGCAUGAAAUGGACCAUGGCGCCCUGUUGGGCUACGCAGAGGAGAUGUCUUACUUUCUCCCGAAGACUUGGAGGCUGUCAUGCAAGGUGGUUCCUUCUGCUGUCAGCAGCUCAAAGCAUUCUAGCAUUACCCUUCUGCAGGUCCCACCUCCCAACAUCAGCCAAACCUGCAUCCCCUCCCUCCCAACAUGGUCUCAACCUCAGGGAGGGUCUGGGCAACUCCCAAGCCCUCUCUGGUUUCCAGCCCUCCUUUCUCACUCAAUGCCCCACCCAGGCGCACUUUUGGAUAAAAAAAAAAUAAAUCCAUAUAUUUUUGUA